GCGGCCGUCCUUCCGUUCCCCUUCCGCAGCAUCCAUCCAUCCAUCCAUCUCGCUGCUCCGCACCCAAACCAAACCCUCGCCGGCUCGCCGCCACCCACUCGCCGGCGCGGAUGGGAGCACCCAACGGCGGCGCUCUCGCCGCUCCUCUCUUCGCUGUUCGCGCGCCACGCAACUGAUUGGCCGCUCGUUGCCUCCCCGGAGAUGGCCACGGGGUCCAUGGAGACGGCCCUCAUGAGCGAUCCGACGGCCAAGCUCCCAGACGACCUCCUGGUCGAGAUCAUCUCGCGCGUGCCGUUCAAGUCCACCCGCUGCUGCAAGUGCGUCUCCACGCGCUGGCGGGACCUCAUCGCCCACCCCGACCACCGCGAGAAGCUUCCCCGGUCGACCCUCGCCGGCUUCUUCUACAAAACCUACGACAUAGCCAGCCGUCCAUAUGAUUCUCAUGGUUACCUAAGCGUCUCAGGGAACUGGUGCCCCAUUGACGCCUCCCUCUCGUUCCUGCCAAAAUGGGAGAAGAUUGACUUGUUGGACUGCUGCAACGGCCUCCUCCUCUGUCGAUGUUCAAAGCCUUAUCCUGAGGAACCGGAUUACCUGGUGUGCAAUCCUGCCACUGAGAAAUGGGUAACCUUCCCUGCCAAUGAAUGGUCCUCGGAAUCGUAUGCUCGCUUGGGAUUUGAUCCGGCCGUCUCCUCCCAUUUCUAUGUGUUCGAGUUGGUACCUGCUGUGGCUUUGAAUUGGAAUUUGAAGUAUGAAUAUAACAUCGAAGAGGUGGGGAUCUACUCGUCCAAAGCUGGAGGCUGGACACAUCAAAUUGAAUGGGACGAUCCAAUUGAUAUACGCAACUUUUCAGGUGGCACAUUUCUCAGUGGGGUGUUGUAUUUAUGUUCCUAUAAUAAUUUGGUUGCAGCCAUCGACGUGGAGGGAAACUGUCGUUUCAUUCCUGUUCCUACUUUAAAUGAUGCUCGCUGUGGUCCUUAUAUUUAUGCAUCACGUGGACAAUUGUAUGUCGCAAAUUAUGGUGCUGCUGAAGUAUCAAUCUGGGUCCUUGAAGAUUCUAGUAGUGAAGAUUAUUGGACCUUGAAGCACAAUGCCAGCUACUUGCAACUGUUCGGUUCAAGCAGCGAGGAAUACUACGGUGUUAUCUCAGCCCACCCAGAAGACGAUGUGCUAUUCAUAACUGUCGAAACUACAUUACCGGGGUACCGAUUACAGAUGAAAUUAUUUUCAUACGAAAUUGAUUCUAAGGAGCUGCGUUUCAUAUGUGAUCUUGGAUGGACUUCCAGGUGCCCUUAUCUUCCAUAUGUUCCUUUGUUCUCGGAGUCAUUGGCAGAUGGGCACUAACUGUCUCGUGUAUUGGAGCCUCACAAUUGUCCAUCUUUCUGAUGAUGAUAGCGAAGUUAGAUCUUGAAUAUGAGCAACAGUAAUUUGGGUAAGUUGUGAUAAGCUAUUGGUGCUUGAGUGAAGCCAUGUACCUGACUUAUGCUGCUAGCUAUUCAGUCAACUUAGUAGUCUGCUUGUGUUUAUGGAGUUAUUGGCAGCCCAUGCAGCUGUAAUACCCUAGUACUUAAUCAUGGAUACUUUACCGUUUUGUUGGAACUAUUUUGAAUAUUUGAGUAUCUCGAUUCUGGUCUCUUU